AUGUGCUCGCCAUUUUCGACUGCUUUCUGGCGAAAAUCUCUGGAAAACUAUCAAAGUAUAGGCUCAACACAAAGCGAAACUCACCAAGAAAGCAUCCGAGAAGAUGUCGUCGAAUUUUCUUUCGACAAAGAUAGCGAAAGCUUUCGAAAUUUUACAUCCCCAAGAGAAAUUCUCAGCGAGACGUGGAGAGAUCGCAUAGCAGAAAGAUUACCUCUGUGGCCCGACGUUGAUUCGACUCCAGCCAGAAAAAGAGUUCGCUGUCCGCCAUGUUUCAAGUCUAGCCUUGGUCUAUUCCUUACAACUGCAUCUGGUGUUCUUUUCGCCAUCGCUUCUCUGUUUGUCAAGCUUUCAAACACAACUAUUCCAGCGUUUGAGAUCGUGUUUUUUCGCUUGGUAAUUCAAACGCUUCUAGUCCUUCCGGCGGCUGUUUGGGCAAAAGCUGAUUUACUCGGCAAGAAAGAACACAGACCUUACCUUAUAUGCUUUGGCGCGGUGAACUUUGCUUCUAUUUCCUGUAUCUACGGUUCGUUUACCAAACUUCCUUUAGGAGAUGCCACAGUUUGUAUUUCUACGACACCGAUUUUUACAGCAUUUUUGGCCUAUGUUUUCUUGAAAGAAUCUUGGCAUAUUUUUGAUGCAGUUGCGACUUUUGUUUGCAUCGUUGGAGUGGUACUCAUAACCAGGCCUACAUUUAUAUUUGGAGCUUCAGGUAAGGAAUUCACAGAAAAAUGAAUCAAUGAUCUUUAAAAACAAAAAUCACGACCGGCUAAGUUUUGUAAAUUAAGUUAGUAGUUUACAUUAAAACUGUAAACGAAGCAUGAUUUUAUUGAAUUUUUUUAAAUGUUGGCAUUAGGGAAACUUUAUUUUACAAGGGGCUAAAUUCCUGAUGAAUUCAAAAAUACAACAAGUUUGUAACUAAGCUGAUAAAAACACAUUUUUAUAAUUUGCGUUUCACUCUCCUAACGAUGCAACGUCGCAGUUUACUUUUUCUUCUGUAAUCUUAAGCCGGCCUGAAAAAUACUUACUCCUUUUCCUAGCUAAAUUUCCAUUGAAUGUCUCGAAAUCACUAGUAUUUAUAAUUGUUUUUCCGUAAUCAGAACCUUUUUGGGGGAGAUUGCAACAGGAUAAAGAACUUUUUAUUUUUUUUAUUUAUUUAUUUUUUUUUUGCAAUAAGUAACUAAGAAACCAUUUCUUCGAAAUCCCUCUUCCACGAUUUUAGCAAAACCAAGUCAUGUGACCGAGACUGUUCAUUUGAUUGGCUAUGGUAUUGCGAUGUCAGGAGCCGUGGUCCAAUCACUGACGUUCAUCAUGGUCCGCCGCGUGGCAGGCUCAGUCAGUUUCUACACCAAUGUGUUUUACUUUGGUUGGUGUAGCGCGCUGCUUUCUGGGAUGGCCAUGUUCGCAUUUCAAAAACCUGUUAUUCCGGAAUGCGGGGCAACCAGAUGGUUUCUUAUUGGUGUUGGUAAGAAAUACAUAAUCAGUGGGCUUACGUAACAGGACGGCAGAAAGAAAGGGACGGUAAAACGUUUGUGUGUGAAACAAACGUGACAGGGCUAUUACUUGCGUGUUUUGUUACGAUCUUCACUUAACAUUACUGUGUUCUAGUCCUCUACAAAAAGAUCUGUGUGACGCAAUUGAAAGUGAAGUUUGGCGGAUUUUUUUUUUCAAUCAUAAUUAUUAUCACGCUUGUCUCAGACCAUUUGCCUUCGUCUUUCAUCUGCCACCCCAUUGCGUAAGCUCACUAAAAUAUGAAUCGAAAGUCGAUCGCUUUCUUUAUUUCUGAACAUAGACUUUCGAAGUCAGUUUUUAUUAGAAUCAAGUUGGACUUGCACAAUAAUCGAACUUGAAAGGCUCGUAAAUUAUCAAAAACGGUGGAGCGCUUUCAUUCACGAGACUUCUGAAUUACUUCUAAAAUGUAUGAGGGCGAGAGGUGAUUUUUUUAAAUAGGUUUACCCGCGAAGCCUCGUUCACAUGAAAAGCGUUUUGGAUAACCCACCCCUAACUUAUGAUAAAUUUGUUCACUGCAGAGCACCCUUAAAUCAUCCUUAGGAAAAAAAAACGUUAAAAACUGGCGGUGCCGUGCCAGGAGUGGGAACAAAGAACUUAAGUAUUAAUAAAACCACUGCAGAUCUGGGUCUUGUUUAAAAAAUCUUACCGUGAAAACUCUUUCACUAUUAAAAUAUAGAAGUCUCUUUCGCGAUCAUUUUAUAAAUGGCGUUUCUUUCAUUCGUUCUGUUUUCUUGCAGCUCUGUGCGGUGUGUUUGGAAGCUUGUGUUUGAACCGCGGUUUGCAACUUGAAAAAGCAGCUCCAGCGGCACUAAUGCGCAAUGUGGAUAUUCUAUUGGCCUUUGUGUUUGAUUACGCCAUAUUUGGUCAACAGCCUCGAGUCCUGACUCUGCUAGGGGGAUUAUUGGUGAUGUUGUCAACCGGUGGAGUGGCACUGGCCAAAUGGUGGCGGUCACGUGACAGUCUGUAA